UCAACGUAAAAAAUUUAGAUUAUUCUCUGCAUUUUCCUCUUCUCCACUCUGCCCUAAAAGGUCGAUUCUCUGAUUUUCAGAAAGCUCGAUCAUGAGGCAUUCACGGUUCUAGGUUUCCGUCGAUUCACAAUCAUCUGAUCCGAUUUGCGUGGCACUUUCACGAAUUCAUAUCGAGUAAGUUUUCUGGAAACCCUAAGAAGAUAUGUACAGCAAUUUCAAGGAACAAGCGAUCGAGUACGUGAAGCAGGCGGUGCAGGAGGACAAUGCCGGGAAUUACAGCAAGGCGUUUCCUCUGUAUAUGAACGCGCUCGAGUACUUCAAGACCCAUCUCAAGUACGAGAAAAACCCUAAGAUCAGGGAAGCCAUCACCCAAAAAUUCACCGAGUAUCUCCGCCGCGCCGAGGAGAUCCGUACCGUCCUCGAUGAAGGUGGACCUGGUCCCGGAUCCAACGGCGACGCCGCUGUCGCCACGCGGCCGAAGAGCAAGAAGGAUGGAGAAGGCGGCGGAGACGGUGAGGAUCCAGAGCAGUCGAAGCUCCGAGCUGGCUUGAACUCCGCGAUCAUCAGGGAGAAGCCGAACGUCAGGUGGACCGAUGUCGCUGGGCUCGAGAGCGCAAAGCAGGCUUUGCAGGAAGCUGUGAUUUUACCCGUUAAGUUUCCGCAGUUCUUCACCGGAAAGAGGCGGCCAUGGCGGGCUUUUCUAUUGUAUGGGCCUCCAGGAACGGGGAAGUCUUACCUGGCCAAGGCUGUUGCCACUGAAGCGGAAUCUACAUUUUUCAGUGUAUCUUCGUCAGAUCUGGUAUCAAAGUGGAUGGGCGAAAGUGAAAAGCUAGUGGCAAACCUUUUCGAGAUGGCCCGUGAAAGUACUCCAUCAAUCAUUUUCAUCGAUGAGAUUGAUUCCUUGUGUGGUCAACGUGGAGAAGGCAAUGAGAGUGAAGCUUCACGGCGUAUUAAAACAGAGCUUCUUGUGCAAAUGCAGGGUGUUGGACACAAUGAUGAAAAGGUUCUUGUGCUUGCAGCAACAAAUACGCCUUACGCCCUUGAUCAGGCUAUUCGGCGACGUUUUGAUAAGCGUAUCUAUAUCCCUCUCCCUGAUGCAAAGGCUCGGCAACACAUGUUCAAAGUGCAUUUGGGAGAUACUCCUCAUAACUUGACCGAAGCUGAUUUUGAAUAUUUAGGUCGAAGGACAGAAGGGUUUUCCGGUUCUGAUGUAUCAGUUUGUGUGAAAGAUGUUCUGUUUGAACCUGUUCGUAAAACCCAGGAUGCCAUGUUCUUUUUCAAGACCCCGGAUGGUAUGUGGACGCCUUGCGGGCCUAAGCAACCCGGUGCUAUCCAAACUACCAUGCAGGAUCUGGCCACAAAAGGCUUGGCUUCAAAGAUAAUACCGCCGGUGAUAUCGAGAACGGAUUUCGAGAAGGUGCUGGCGAGACAGAGGCCAACCGUGAGCAAAAGCGACCUUGAUGUCCAUGAGAGAUUCACCAAGGAGUUUGGUGAAGAAGGUUAAUAUAUAUCACGCGCUCAUGUUUCUCAGUAUUACAUAUAUAUAUAUCAGUUUCUUCUUCGAAUCUCAGGGAAGAUCACUGAAUGAAACUCCCCUCCCCACUUAUGUAUGUACCUGAGAUCGAACAAAGUCAUGUUUGAUGCUCAACAAUGUACUUUGCGUGUUCCGAAUUGUGUAAAGAACAGUUUCCCCGACGGAUCCACGGAUAUC